AUGGACCUAAUUCGACCAGAAUUCGAACUUUUGGACUCAGAAGGACUUGAGUACCAUCGUUGGGUAUCUGAUGAAUUCACCUUCGUGGCAAAGGACUACACCUCCACUAUCAAGCCGUCUGCCAACGCUGCUCCAGAAACUGAGAAAGACAAAGCUCAUGCUCUUAUGUUCCUCAAGAGGCAUAUCGAUCCUAACCUAUGCUGGGGUUAUCAUCACUUGAAGACACCAAAAGAGCUAUGUGAUAUUCUAUAUAGCCGUUUUGGGAACAUUCAUGAUUCCUUAAUACCACAAUUGAACGUCCUGUGGAACGAAAUCCGCUUCCUCGAUUAUAUAAAAGUGAAUGAUUUCCAAAAAGACAUGCUGCAAAUUCAGGAACGUAUGGACUUUUGUGGAAAGAAACUAACUGAUGAGGAAAUGAUUCAGAAAACCAUAUCGACCUUUCCCACCUCUUCCAUGAUACUAGCGAACCAGUAUCGUUUAGAGGUUGACAACAAGAGAAUCACCACAUUCAGUAGGUUGAUAAACUUACUUAGAGUGGCUGAAAGGCACAAUGAGAUUCUUGUCAAUAACAAUGCCAGAGCUGUCGGGAAAAAGAAAGUUCCCGAAGCUAACCAUGGUAAGGUCAAUAGGGGAAAGAACCCCAAAGGAAAGAGGGCUCGACAUUAUGAUCCACACCCCCAUGAUCCAUACCCACGUGGAGAUAACACAUCUCAUGGAAGAGUACGUAAGGGAAAUAAUCGAGGUCAAGGACGUAAAGGUUACUCCAAUGUUUGGCACAGAGAAGAGACUUCUGGCCAUAGUGGUAGUGAUCCUAAGUUCGAGAAAACACCCAAAAAUCCCACCAACAAAAAGUCCACAGAUGAAAAUGCGCCUUGUUUUAGGUGUGGAUUUACCAGAAAUUGGUACAAGCACUGUAAGGCUAGUGCCAAUCUAGAUGCGACCUACAAAAAGUACUGGGAAACUCUAGAAGAAGAGGCUAACUAUAUGGAAGAAAAUGAGGUAACCCCUGAUAUCAACCUCACAGUCUCAGACUUCCUAGGCAAUGCGGACUUUUCCCCAACAAUGGAUGUGUCUAACUUUGCUUGGGCCUAA